UGUUGGGAGCUUUGGGAUGUGUCUUCCCAGAGCUUUUGUCUCGCAACGGUGUUAAAUUCGGCGAAGCUGUGUGGUUCAAGGCAGGAUCUCAAAUCUUUAGUGAGGGUGGACUUGAUUACUUGGGCAACCCAAGCUUGGUCCAUGCUCAAAGCAUCCUUGCCAUAUGGGCCACUCAGGUUAUCUUGAUGGGAGCUGUCGAAGGUUACCGUAUUGCCGGUGGGCCUCUCGGUGAGGUGGUUGAUCCACUUUACCCAGGUGGAAGCUUUGAUCCAUUGGGCUUAGCUGAUGAUCCAGAAGCAUUCGCAGAAUUGAAGGUGAAGGAACUCAAGAACGGUAGAUUAGCCAUGUUCUCAAUGUUUGGAUUCUUCGUUCAAGCUAUUGUAACUGGAAAGGGUCCUUUGGAAAACCUUGCUGAUCAUCUUGCAGACCCAGUCAACAACAAUGCAUGGUCCUAUGCCACCAACUUUGUUCCCGGAAAAUAAACACUCUUUUCUUUAUGUUUUUGGUCAAGUAUACUUUGUUGUAAUGUUCUUCCCAAUUCAAUGUGAAUUAUUAUCAUUAUCAUGUGUGUAUGCAUAGGUGGACUAAUACAAGAUCAUGGAUGUUUUCUUUUUUACCAAA